CUCUUCAGAUGAUCAGCAGACCUGCAGCAGAGACAUGAGUUUCUACAGCGAUGCUUCCUCUGAAGACAUGAGCGACGAGCUGGAGACUCUGGGGUGGUACCACUACGAUCUAUCCCGUCACGCUGCAGAAGCUCUGCUCUUGUCCAAUGGGAGUGAUGGAAGUUAUCUUCUGAGGAACAGUCAUGAAGGACCAGGCUGCUUCGCUCUGUCUGUCAGGGCGAAGAAUUCAGUCAAGCAUUUCCAUGUGACACGUAGAGACGGAGACGGCUAUGUGUUCGGGUUUAACAAGUUUGCAACUCUUCAGGACUUUAUUAACCACUUUGCUAAUCAACCUCUGCUGGGCAGUGAUGCAGGAACACUCAUCGUGCUGAAGUGUCCGUACCCAUAUCGUGUAGAGGAGCCAUCCAUCUAUGAGUCAGUGCGUGUUCACACAGCCAUACAGACGGGACGCACUGAGAAUGACCUGGUGGCCAACGCACCGUCGCUGGGCACAAAAGAAGGCUAUUUGGUGAAACAAGGAGCAUUUGUGAAGAGCUGGAAGCAGAGGUGGUUCACACUAAACAGAUAUGAACUCAGAUACUUCAAAGACAAAGUGUGUGAGGAGCCCAUUCGAACCCUGGAUCUGAAAGCCUGCUCUGCAGUCCAAUUUGACUACUCUCAGGACAGAGUCAACUGUUUCUGUCUGGUGUUUCCUGAGAGGACAUUUUAUCUGUGUGCAAAGACUGGUGUGGAGGCAGAUGAGUGGAUUAAAAUCCUGAGGUGGAAACUGUCACAGAUACGAAAAGGUCGAUGACUGCGGUCAGGAAGCAAGAGAUGUUAAGAAGCCGGACCUUCACAGAACACAUCACAUCACUGUUCUGAACUGAAGAUACAUUCCAGCAUGAAUAACUCAGGGACU